AUGAUCGACCUCGUGGAUUUCGACAAGUCCGAGGCGAAUGGAACGGAUGAGGUCGCAAAAGAUAACGAGAUUGUCAUCGAAAGUUUAGCAGCACAAGGGCUACUUCGUGACACACAGAGAGCGUUGGUGCUGGAAAGUAUCAAGAGCGAUGACCUACCGAUGCUUACUGUGACCGAGGCCAACUCGAGCGUAUCGCGGUUACUGCACUUUAUGUCGCAGGACAGCGAUAAUUUGUUGACACUGUCAGAGAGGCGAACGGGGCGUGCCAAUUUGUUGAUUCUGCAGCGUCUGCUGAUGAAAGCUCGCGACAGAGAGCGCGAGAGGGAAGCAACGACAGACUUUACUGUAUAG